GGAGGAAGAGAGAGGGUCGCUUAUUUGCUGAAACAGCUGCAUCGAGCAUCGUGCCUGUGCCCUGCUCACUCUCACACUUAUUCACAAGGUAAAGAAAGUGCAGCUUUAGGGAAAACAGACUAUGCUUUUGAGAUGGCUGUUUCCAAUAUCAGAUAUGGAGAGGGAGUUACUAAAGAAGUGGGAAUGGACAUGCAGAAUAUGGGUGCCAGAAACCUCUGUGUGAUGACAGAUAAGAACCUCUGUCAGCUCCCUCCCGUGAAAGCAGUCCUGGAUUCUCUGACAAAAAAUGGGAUAGCCUUCAAGAUAUAUGACAAAGUAAGAGUGGAACCAACAGACCAGAGCUUCUUGGAUGCCAUCGAGUUUGCUAAGAAGGGGGAGUUUGAUUCCUACAUUGCUGUAGGAGGAGGUUCUGUAAUAGACACCUGUAAAUGUGCCAAUCUCUACGCAUCCAGCCCUGAGUCUGAGUUCUUAGAUUAUGUCAAUGCUCCCAUUGGAAAAGGAAAGCCUGUUACAGUCACUCUCAAGCCAUUGAUUGCAGUUCCUACAACAGCUGGAACUGGAAGUGAAACCACUGGAGUUGCUAUUUUUGAUUACAAAGAACUAAAAGUAAAAACUGGCAUUGCAUCUAGAGCCAUUAAGCCCUCUUUGGGCCUUAUUGAUCCCUCGCAUACUAUGCAUAUGCCUGAGCGGGUGAUGGCCAACAGUGGCUUUGAUGUGCUUUGCCACGCCCUCGAAUCCUAUACUGCUCUUCCCUAUCAUGAACGCAGUCCCUGUCCUUCAAAUCCAUUGAACCGACCAGCUUAUCAAGGAAGUAACCCUAUCAGCGAUGUCUGGGCCAUCCAUGCACUGCGGAUUGUUGCCAAAUAUUUUAAAAGAGCCAUCAAGGACCCAGAAGAUCGAGAAGCAAGGGCUAAUAUGCAUCUUGCAAGUGCUUUUGCUGGAAUUGGCUUUGGCAACGCUGGUGUACAUCUUUGCCAUGGCAUGUCUUAUCCCAUUUCUGGCUUGGUGAAGAAUUAUAAAGCAAAGGAUUAUCAUGUGGACCAUUCUCUAGUGCCACACGGUCUCUCUGUAGUGCUCACAUCUCCAGCAGUGUUCACUUUCACAGCACCCAUGUGCCCUGAGCGUCACUUGGAGGCCGCCCAGAUAAUGGGAGCGAAUAUCAGCACUGCCAGAAGGAAAGAUGCUGGGCUUAUUUUGGCAGAUACUCUCCGGAAAGUCUUAUUUGAUCUGAAUGUUGACAAUGGCUUAGCUGCUCUGGGUUAUUCUAAAGCAGAUAUCCCAUCCUUAGUCAAAGGUACCCUGCCUCAGGAAAGAGUGACUAAGUUGUCUCCUCGUCCCCAAACUGAAGAAGAAUUAUCUGCCUUGUUUGAAGCUUCCAUGAAACUGUAUUAGCUUUAAAUAUUGAAUAUUUUUCAAUAACCUCUAAAGUUUACUUUGUU